CACAGUAGAAGAAAGAAAAAAAUAAUAAUAAUAAGGGAGAGAGAGAAGAAGAAGAUAACGACGAGGAGAAGAAGAAGAAGGGCCCCAAUAUAGUCGUCUCCGCCCCUGAUUCUUUUUCAACUUGAUAUUUCAUUCAACUCGUAUUUAAAAAGAUGGAGCACCUGCAUUUGGCUUUCCUCUAAUCUGGACCAGUUGAUCGAACAAUCAUGGCUGAUCCAGACUCCUCAGAUACGUCUGAUCUCAAACCCAUUAGCAGCAGCGCCCCACUCUUUAGCAUCCCUCGCUUUUUUGUGGCUAAAGACUCUGAUGCAGCAGGGAGGAGCCCUACUUCUCCUCUUGAUUUUUCACUCUUUGGUGGCCUCUUUAGCCCCAGGUCUCCUCCAGCUGCUGCUGCUGCUGCUCCCCUCUCAUCUCCCAGGUUUCGUAACAGAUGGGCUUUUGACAAAGUCGGCCUCUCUCUUCUAAGCUCCAGCGUUGGAGAAGAAGAAGAAAGGGGGCAUGAGGAGGGUUUAUUCAACAACAUCGUGCUUGCCCCUCAAAUCAAGCCCAGGCUGUUUGGUUCUUGUGUUAAAUCCAACUCGUUGCCUAAAAACUAUGCCGCCCCUUCCAUGUCUUCUGACGCUGCGGAGGAUCCUCUUCCGUGUGAUUCAAUCACUGGUGUUGUGGAGGAACAUGACUCUCCAAGGAGGUCGAGCUCAUCUCCUGUGGAUAUAAUCUCCAGCCAGGCUUAUUCUCGCUCGCUCUCUGCACGUGAGAUGGCACUCUCCGAGGACUAUACCUGUAUCAUUUCUCAUGGGCCAAACCCGAAAACAACUCAUAUAUUUGGUGACUGCAUCCUGGAUUGUGACCCCAAAGAGUUGGGAAGCAAGGAUGAAACUGAGAAACCAGAAGGGGAUGAUGAUGAUUCUUUCACCGACAACCACAUUCAUAUGCACGGCAGGGAGGCAUCGCCAGCAGCAGGGGCAGCAGGGAAGGAAAGUGACAAGGGAGGUGUUGAAGAUAGUUUGGAGAUAUCGCCUGGAUCAAGUUACAACGAGGAUCUGUUUCCUAUGGCCUCUUAACCCAGGCAAAGUUGUUCUCAUUUUCUUGAGGCUUUUUUGGGAGAGAUCAUGUGUGAGUUUAUUAUUAGUGUUGUAAGGUUUUCGUUUUUUUUUGGUGAGAUUUUUGCAGGCGUGCUCUGAAUAAAAGCUUGUUGUUGAUCCAAGGGGGGUUGAGUUUUGGUGUGGCCUGAUGCCCCCGGCUCAUCCUUUCUUUUGUUUGUACUACCAUUGUAUUUGUGACUUUAUUAUCAUAUUUGAAGGGGAACCAUUUGUAUUCUU